AGUAAAGUAAUAAAGAGGAAGAAAAAUGGGUCGAGUCUCAUCUAUUAUCUCUUUCUCUUUGACACUCUUGAUCCUCUUCAAUGGCUACACUGCCCAACAAUGGCCCAAUGAGUGCCAGCUCGAUCAACUCAAUGCGCUCGAACCGUCCCAAAUCAUCAAGAGCGAGGGUGGUCGCAUCGAGGUCUGGGACCACCAUGCACCCCAGCUCCGUUGCUCCGGCUUCGCCUUUGAGCGUUUCGUCAUUGAGCCUCAGGGUCUUUACUUGCCCACUUUCUUGAACGCCGGCAAACUCACGUUUGUUGUUCACGGAAGGGGUCUAAUGGGAAGAGUGAUUCCGGGAUGCGCCGAGACGUUCAUGGAAUCACCGGUGUUUGGAGAAGGUCAAGGUCAGGGUCAGAGUCAAGGGUUCCGUGACAUGCACCAGAAAGUAGAGCACCUACGGUGCGGUGACACCAUAGCAACACCAUCUGGUGUGGCUCAAUGGUUCUACAACAAUGGAAAUGAGCCUCUCAUUCUUGUUGCAGCCGCAGAUCUCGCCAACAACAACAACCAGCUUGACCGCAACCUUAGACCAUUUUUGAUAGCCGGAAACAACCCACAAGGGCAGGAAUGGCUGCAAGGCCGAAAGCAACAGAAACAAAACAACAUCUUCAAUGGUUUCGCACCUGAGAUCUUGGCUCAAGCUUUCAAGAUCAAUGUUCAGACGGCUCAGCAGCUCCAGAGUCAGCAAGAUAACCGUGGCAACAUCGUCAAGGUCAAAGGACCUUUUGGCGUCAUUAGACCACCCUUGAGACGCGGCGAAGGCGGCCAGCAACCACAGGAAAAAACUAACGGUCUAGAAGAGACUUUGUGCACUAUGCGAUGCACCGAAAACCUCGAUGACCCGUCGGAUGCUGACGUGUACAAGCCAUCGCUCGGAUACAUCAGCACAGUUAACAGCUACAAUCUUCCUAUCCUCAGACUUCUCCGCCUUAGCGCUCUUCGUGGCUCCAUCCGUAAAAACGCUAUGGUGCUGCCGCAAUGGAACGUAAACGCAAACGCGGCACUGUACGUGACAAACGGAAAGGCUCAUAUACAAAUGGUGAACGACAACGGAGAAAGAGUGUUUGACCAAGAGAUCUCUAGCGGACAGUUACUUGUUGUACCACAAGGCUUCUCGGUCAUGAAACAUGCCACAGGCGAACAGUUCGAGUGGAUCGAAUUCAAGACAAACGAAAACGCACAGAUCAAUACACUCGCGGGCCGUACCUCAGUCAUGAGAGGUUUGCCACUUGAGGUUGUAACCAACGGGUAUCAGAUCUCUCCCGAAGAAGCUAGACGGGUUAAGUUUAGCACGAUCGAGACCACACUGACUCAUAGCAGCCCGAUGAGCUACGGAAGGCCUAGGGCUUAAGGCUUGAUGAGCUCGUGGUGGAAUAGCGUUUGAAUCUAAAGUUCGGUUUGGUACGGUUUGUAAUAUGAAAUAAUAAUGUAUAAAGAAGUUCUACGCUUAAGGGAACUGUUUUGUUUUGAGCUUUUUAUUAGGACGCCUAGUGUACAACAACGAACGUGUAUAUAAGCGAUCGUUGACUAUGUACAUGUAACUCUUUCCUUAAUAAAAAUCUUCAAGUCUU